AAUAGAUCCAGCACUGAUUCAUUUUUUUCUCUUUACUUUGUUUAUAUUCCAUACAUUUUCUCUUAUUAGCCUUUGCAUAGGGACAUGACCUCCAUACGGGUGAAAUCAAUUGCCAUCAUCGGCGGCGGUCCAUCCGGUGUAGUAGCCGCAAAAUAUCUCCGCGCAGAGAAAGCCUUCGACAAGAUCACCAUCUUUGAACAGCGUAGUGCGCUCGGCGGGACAUGGCAUUACACUCCCAACCAGACAUCUGAAGACCUAUUCGCCGUCCCUCAGAUAGAUCCAAAGGGGGGGAAUCAAGAUCCGACCUGGACUCCGGCUCAGAAGCACGAGGGUAAAGAGGCAGACAGUGCAAGAAAGCACAACGACGUCGCGAGUUUCCUGACUCCGAUAUAUGAAGAGCUGGAAACGAAUGUCCCGAAGAGUCUGAUGCAGUUCCAGGACUUGCAAUGGCCGGAUCAUUUACCUCUGUUUCCGAGCCAUGGGGCGGUAGUGAAUUAUCUACAGGAGCACGGCAGAGAGGUCCAGGACUUGGUGGAGUACGAAACGCAGGUGAUCAAGGUUGAGCCCCUUGAUAAGAGUCUCACUGGAAGCUGGACUGUCACAACGCGAAACCUGCGGACUAGAGAAGAGAAAAAGGAAGUGUUUGACGCUGUCAUCGUUGCUAACGGACACUUCAUAACACCGCACGUUCCCGACGUACCUGGAAUUCGCGAGUGGAGUCAGAAGUACCCAGGCAGGAUAACACACUCCAAGUACUUCCGACGAGCAGAAUCAUAUGCCGGGAAGAAAGUAGUUGUAGUCGGAAACUCCGCCUCCGGUGUAGACAUAUCCGCUCAACUAGUCAGCGUCACUGAGCAACCAAUAAUCUGGUCCAUCCGAUCCGCAUCCCAGCUCAAACCGCUCCCCGAUCCACAGCGGCCCGAGUACAGCAAGAUAUCAAAGUUCGUUCCUGAUGACGGAAGCAUACACUUCGACGACGGCCGUAUCGAACACGAUGUCGACGCCAUUAUAUUCGCAACAGGAUAUUACUACUCCCUCCCCUUCCUCUCCAGCCUCAAACCACAGCCCGUCGGCGAUGGCCGCCGCGUCCAGCACACGUACAAACAUCUCUUCUACGCCCCUCGUCCCACAUUAUCGUUCCUAGCCCUCAAUGUCCGCGGCGUUCCAUUCACACUCGCCGAAGCCCAAUCCGCCGUCCUAUCCCGCGUCUACUCCGGCCGCCUUGCGCUCCCCCCAUCAUCAGAACUACUCGAAUGGGACGUCAAAGCGCUCGCCGCACAUGGCAGAACUCAUCAAUUCCACGUCCUGGACGCUCCUACAGACGGACUAUUCAUCAAUGAAAUGGCAGCGUGGGCGCUCAAGGCAGAGCGAGUCAGGGGCUUGGAGAAUAAUGGGCAGGGGAGGUUGGCGCCGGUAUGGGGGCCGUGGGAGUUCUGGUGUAGGGCGAAUCUGCCGGGGAUUAGAGCGGCGUUUUCGGCUAAAGGCGAAGGGAGGACGAGGGUUAGGGAGAUAGAGGAGCUUGGAGCGGAGUUGAAGGGGGCGAGUGAGGCUAAGAGGAGGGAGGCGGUGGAGGUAAGAGAGUCGGAGGUGAUAGUGCAGGCGAGGUUGUAGGUGGUGAUUUGUCUUUGUUUUGCUGUUGUUUACAAUGUGUUUUGUGGUGAAUGAACAAUGCCCAGCUGUAGCGACUGGUAGGGAAGUAACCUUGACUCUUUCUGACAUCGGUCCAACAAUGGUUUGGAAGAGGAAAUGCGGAACUGUAGCUGCUCUGGGUUUCCGCAGUAUACUUGACAGUAAAGAUCUCAUAAUUAGUCUAGAGUCCUGCCGCU